GUAUUGAAUAAUGGAUCUGUUCUUUAUAGCUGCACUACUGAACUGGUGCAAUAAGUUAAAAUGAGACAACUAUAUUUUUUCUCACUCUAACUUAUUGCACUAAUUCUGCAGUGCAGCUAUAAAGAACAGACCCAAUUAUGCAUCUCGCCGCGCUACACAUGAAUGUGCUUUAUUAUUUUUAUAUUCUGCAGUGAAAUUGACGAAACAUGAAUGCGAUUAAUAUGAACUGGCUAGCCUCAGCGGAAGGAGAAUCUCUGGUUCACCACUUUUAUGUGAAUUCUUCAAAAAAGAGGAGAUUCUAUGGUAUCUUGGAGAGACCAUCAUUGCCAUCUUCCAUCGAGGAGGUCACCUACAAGAUCUUCAUGAUAGGCAGGUCUGGUGUGGGAAAGACUUCAGUAGUAGCGAGACUUACAGGUAUUCUGGAACCUAAUAAUUACACAGAGACCAACGGCAUAAGGAAGACCAAUGUUUUCUGGCCUGUAAAAAUCUGGGACAAGGUGGUUUUGUUCAAGUUGCAAUUUUGGGACACAUCAGAAAGCAGUAUAAAAAAGUAUAAUCAUAUUCUGCCAGCAUGCAAGGAUAAAGUUGAUGCAAUGUGUUCUGUCUUCUCUUUUGAUGAUAUAUCAAGCUUCAAUGAUAUUCCAUAUCUAAUGAACACAAUGACUGCUAUAAAAGAGAAACCAGCAAAUAUAGUGAUUGGCACAAAGUUUAAACCUUGGUCGAGUUCUGCCAUAGAUGACACACAAAUCAAAGAAUUUGAGGAUAAGUGGAAAGUUAAGGUGAUCAGAAUUGAUGCUGGCAAAUCAUCAGUAAGAUCAGAAAUGUUUGAUUGCUCCUAUCAGUUGAAUGCCAUCUGCAGCAUUCUAUGGAACAGAGAUAAGGAAUUUAUAUCUAAACUGAUGGGACAAGUUUGA